AUGGAUUCUGAACCUGAUAAAGAUUUACUUUUGAACUUAGAGAAUAAAACAGAUGAGGAGUUACUUUCUUCCUUAUUAAAAAUGGUGGAAGGUGAUUCAGAUAAUGGUAAGCUUAUAGAGUUAAUGAAGAGUGAUCCUGAGAAACUUAAUCGUAUAAAGGAAAUACUUAAGAAACAGCAUCCUAACUUAAUUAAACUUUCUAAUAAUACUACUAGCAAGGAUACAACCCAACUACAGCCUUAUGAAGAUAAAAAAAAAGAAAGCAGCCUAAUACCUUCUAAAAGAUUUAUAGGACAACCUCCAGGUCCACCACCAUCUUUAAAAUCUGCCUUGAUAAAUGGAAGUCAGAUAAGCAGUAAUAAUGUAAACAUUAGAGGAUGUCCUCCAAAAAAAGGACCACCUCCUCCUAAAUUAAAAAUGAUGAGUAAAAAUAAAAGUUUAAGUAUAAAGAAUAACCUCGGAAAGGUUGAAUAUUUAGAAUGUUCACGUGAUAAUACAUUUGAUUACGAAUCAAAUUUAUUUAUAAAUAUAGACUUUGGUCCUACCCCUCCAAUAGGAUAUGAGCCAAGGCGAUUAAACUGGUCAGUUAUUGCUAUGAACAAAAUUAAGGGUACUUUUUGGGAGGAUAUUCAUAAUGAGAGGAUAAAUUUGAAACAGGAGAUAUCUGAUGAUUUAAAUUUGGAUCCAAGUAUAUAUAAUUUUACGGUAGACUUUCAAAAAAUUUUAGAAUUAUUUUUUGAAGAUCGUAGAAUAGUCUCUGAUAAGAUAGCUUAUGAUGGAUCAUUAACUACCAAUAAUUCUAUAUAUAAAAAGUACAGGACUGUACUUGAUUCAAAAAGAUCUCAAAAUAUUGAGAUUGCUCUUAAAGCAAUGCAAUUAAUAGAUAACAAUAACGAGUUUGACAUGAAUCCUAUAAAAGAGAUGUUAGGAUAUAGGAGUGAAAGUUUAUUAUAUGGUAUUGAUAAAUUCUUAAAUGGCGUCUCUAAAGAGAAAUUGAAAAUAUUAUUAGACUUAUAUCCAACAGUAGAUGAAAUCCAGCUACUAAAAGAAUCUUCUGCUGAUAGUUCUAAUACAAGUAAUUUACCUUGGAGAAUUUCUGAACAAUUCAUGUUAAGUGUCUUAAGUUUAAAUCGUUUUAAGACUAGAGCUCAUUGUGUAUUAAGUAUGAAGACAUUUGAGGAAGAAUAUUUGAGUUGUGUUGAACGUUUAAUUAAACUUGAGGAUGCUGUUGAUUGUGUUCAUAAUAAUUUAUGUAAAGGUGGAAUUUUACGUAAUAUUUUAUAUAUGAUUCUUAAGAUUGGAAAUUAUUUAAAUCAUGGUACUAAUAGAGGUCAAACUGUUGGUUUUCGUUUUCAUUCAUUGGACUUAAUUAAAAAUAUAAAGUCUACAAAAUCGAAAUUAACAUUAUUGAAGUAUAUUUCUAAAGUAGUAUAUGAUCAUUCUAUAGAAAUUAGAAGUAAAAUUGACAAGCUAUCACAUAUAUGUUCUGAAGCUGCUUCUGUAGAUAUUGAAGAUGUACUAAAGGAUAUAGAUGAACUUGCUAAUAAUAUUAAUAUUAUAAAGAAAGAACUUGAAUUGAAUAAUACUGUUGAGAGAUCACAAGAAUCUAAUUGCAGAGAUUUAUAUAAUAAAAAUAAUAGUGAUGAGAAUGACAAAGGAUUGAAAUUAUCAGAAUUUGAAGUAGACUAUAAAGUAGAUACUGUGGAUUUAUAUGUUAAGAUGGUUGAAACAUUUGUAAUGAGUUCAUCUUGUCAGUUAGAGAUUAUUAGAAAACAACUUAUGAAUAUAGUAGAAAAGUUAAGAAACUUACAGAUUUAUGCCGGGGAGUCUCAAGCUAAAUCUGCAUUAGUAUCUUCAAGUAAACUUGGUGUACAUAGUGGAAUUGAAAUAAUUAAAAUAUGUGAUGGAUUUCUGAGAUUAAUUAAAGAGGAAUUUAUCGAAUUUUAUAAUAUAGAGAAAAAAAAAAAGGAUAGAGAAUUACGGAAUUCAAUCAGUGUUCGUCCAUGUAAAGUAAAAGAAAAUAACUCAAAAACUUCCAAAUUAAGUAAUUCAAUCAAUAAUUCUGUUGUAAAUUACAACUCAAACUCUGAAGUAAAUUCUGAAGUUAAUAAAGAUACAACUAUUGUUAAUCAGCAUCAUCAACUACUGCUAGAUGUCUCAGAUGUUAUGCUAACAUCUAAUUCAAGUACCAUCUCGUCAUCUUCAUCAUCUUCUUCCUUAUUUAACCCUAAAGUAACUUCUUAUCAAACUAGUCCUCAUACCAGUGUUAUUCAAACUCCUGUUCAUAAAAGCAGGAAUAAUACAAGUGUAAUAGAAAGUAGUACUGAUUCAAAAUUUGGAGAUUCUAGUCUUCAUUCUGGUUAUGAUCAACUGAAUUCAUCUGGAAGUAGAAUAAAUACAAAUUUUUCACAAAUUUCACGUAGCAGUCAUAGUAAUUCAAAUUCUCCCAAUCCUAUACAUAUUACAUCAUUAUUUGGUGUUAAUUCUAUCAUUGGCAAUUUAACAUCACAAAUAUAUGACCCUAAUAAAAAUAAGCAAUCGAACUUUCCCCGUCAGAGAGACAGAAGGAAAGUAUGA